UACGUUAGCCGCUCGUCCAAUCAGAUGCCGUUUCGAAGCAGACUCCGCCUCCGUUGUUUCAGUUGAUUCAGGCAUGAUGCUGAGCUGAUCUCUUUCAAUCAAACGGCGUUGCCAGCGUCAACAUUCACAGAGUUUGUCUUCAGAAAGCAGAAUUGAGGAGAUUACUACACACGUGUGUACUGAGGAAGAAGCACAACAGCAGGAUGGUGAAUGAGGGUGCUGGCGCCCCACGCAGUCGCAGGGGGUCUCAUAAGGUGGUUCCUUCAUCAGACCAGGACGGAACAGGAGAGGUGCCCUGCCCCAGUAAUGCAUUUGAAGGCAGACCUGACACUCAAGUCAAUGAAUUCAUGGACAGUCUGAUAGAGGAGUCUGCCAGUCUGGGUUCGUCCCAUGUGAGCACAGUCUUUCCUCUCUCAGAAAAGGAGAAAAGCAAACUCAGGCAUACACAGCAUUCCCAAGGCCAAAGCAAGCAGUUCGUGAUCCGUCGAUCACUGUUAGAGUACUGUAAGUCAUGGAUAAUUUUUGCUGUGAUCUGUUUGAGGUGAGCCACAUUCGCACCAUCUAUCACAUGUUCAUCGCCGUCCUCAUCCUCUUCAUCUUCAGCACGUUUGUCGUGGAUUUCAUCGAUGAGGGCAGAUUGGUGCUGGAGUUUGAUCUGUUGGUGUACGCCUUUGGCCAGUUCCCCCUAGUGGUUGUCACGUGGAUGUGGAUGUUCCUGUCCACUCUUGUGGUUCUGUAUGUGUUGCUCAGUGUCUGGGCCAGUGUUUACCCCUCGUCAAACCAUCGGGUUAUGGACAGCACAUAUGUGGUGCUGAAGAAUGGCCUUCCCCCUGCAUCAUGCUUCAUACUUAUUCUAGAACAGGUGCUCGGCUGUUUAUUUUAUGCAUAUUACAUAUUUGUGCGGCUGUGUAUCCCUCAGUUCCGCAGUAUCAGUGUGCAGCUCUUUGACCUGAGGGCCAUGGUGUUGUGUGUCUUCAACUCUAUACUGCCAGGAGUGCUGGUGCUUUUCUUGGCAUUUUUUGCCUUUCUGCAUUGCUGGCUUAAUGCAUUUGCUGAAAUGCUACGCUUUGGAGACAGAAUGUUUUAUAAGGACUGGUGGAACUCCACUUCAUUUGCCAACUAUUACCGCACAUGGAAUGUUGUAGUACAUGACUGGCUUUAUUACUAUGUCUACAGGGACUUCCUGUGGAUGACACAGAAGCGAUUCCGUGCAGCAGCCAUGUUGGUUGUUUUUACUGUGUCUGCUGUGGUGCACGAGUACGUUCUGGACAUCUGCUUUGGCUUUUUCUAUCCCGUCAUGUUCUGCCUCUUCAUGUGCGUUGGAAUGGUGUUUAACUUCGUUCUUAACGACCGGAGAAAAGGGCCGAUCUGGAACGUGAUCAUGUGGACUGCGCUGUUCUUGGGUCAGGGCGUUCUCAUCUGUCUGUACUGUCAGGAGUGCCCUAUUCAAGAGCCUUCUUUCCUAGACUUGUUGAAGCCUCGAUCCUGGACGUGUGCUCCACAGACUAACACUGCUGUAGAUGCUCACUAAAGCCACACCACCAUCCUCCAGAUGAAUCAGACUUUUUUUUUUUUUAGCAUUCUAUAGGUAUUGCACUCUGAGCAAAUGAAGUGAAACGUGACAAGCUUACUCUAUAAUCAUGAAGACAAUGUUUUAUGAAGAGGCCUUAGAUAUUUAAUAUUUAUUAUAGCAUCCAUAAUGGAAUGUAGAAUGUCUAUAAUGUGCAAUAUUAAUAUUUCUUUGUUUCCUUUCAAAUUCCUAGUUAGCAUUUGACAAUCUAUUUUAAGUUAUGUCUGAUCUGGCUAAAGAGAUUCUGUUUUUAGAAGCCUCUGUGAUGUUGUUGAGAUCAGAUUAUACAGUAAAUGUGUUUUGUUUACUGCUACUUCUUAGUGUUGGAUAUUGUGGUGUUACUCCAGUACUGGAGAGGCCAUGGAAGAUUAUACAUGUGGUACAUUUGAACCAGGUUGCCUGGACUACACAAAACUGUAGAAUGUUUACAAGCAGGGUUGCUAUUCUAAAACCCCAGUGGAUUUAAAUUAUGUGCCAUAUUUUACUACCACUGAUAGUCUGGACUUUGGAAAUUUGGACUUCAUGUUUUUUUUUUUUUUCUAGAGCUAAAUUAAUUAGAUACUAAUUUAAAAACCAUGCUUUAGGACUUAUUUAUUACAAAACAGGGUAUCAUAUUUUUGGAAGUGUUAAGGUUUUGAGCUGGCUGCACUCAUGAUCAUUAUUAUUACUAAUGGUUUCCAAGCACAAUUCCUUUGCUGGUUAUAAAUUAUUAUGAACAGUGAUAUGCAGGGGAUUUAUAUAAAACAAAAUAGUAAUAAUAAAGUGUAGGACAUUUUGAAUGGCAUUUAUUAGUGCAAUAAAGAGUUUUGAGUGAAUAA